AUGACAAAUGAAGAAAUUUUAAAUUCUGUUUUCCCUUUAUUGGAUGGAGUAGACCUUGCUUCCUGUAUGGUGGUGUCUAAGCAAUGGAGGGACAUAGCGGGGGAUGAUUACUUCUAGAAAUGUUUAUGAGCAAGGAGGUGGCCUUCAAUUUGCAAGCGACCUAAGCCUCCCACUGUAACCUACUUCAAACUAUAUCAGACCUUUUAUAAACGGCAGCAGCGUCGAACUCUUUUGCCACCAAGGCUUUCUUUCGAGGAUUUGGAAUUUUUCAUUGACGUUUGGACUGAGGAUAGAUUGAUUUUCUCCGAAGUGGUCCCAGGCCCUGUCUUCCAGAAUGGAAUCGAGAUUCCAGACAUGCUACGAUAUCAUCUUGAGGACCCUGAGUACAAGAUGACUAUACCUGUUGAACCAAGGUUUACUAUUCCUUGGAGCCGGACAGUGAGUGCUUCAUUGCAUGUGAGACGGAAGGAUUCCAACAUAGUUGCUUGUAUAACUAAUAAAUCUAGGUUUGAUUACAUAGAUCGAUCAUCCCACAGGGCUCAUGCAUUCGAGUAUCUUGACUUCCCCCCUGCUUACCCUUUCACUUCUGGAACCCGAGCUUGGAUUUCUUUGCAUUUCAUGGAAGAUAGAAAUGAAGGUGUCCUUGAUGUUUUUGGGCUUGAAAUGGAUUUCUGUGAUGCUGCAAGCUCCAAGGAAGAGGUCCUGUGGCUAUCAGACAUGCUAGAUUGGAAAUGA